AUGUCCUCCCUGUCGCAGUCUAGCCGCAUCACGGAGGCGGAGAGCUGGUUCCUGCGAGCGCGUAGGCUCGCGCCCCGGGACCCGAGCGUGCACCACCACUACGGGCUGUUCCUGAGCGCCCAGGCUCGUUUACCGGAAGCAGCGUCGGCCCACCUCGAGGCGGCCACGCUCUCGCGCACCGACUACGAGCUCGCGCUCGCCGCGGCGUCGAGCUUGCGCCGAGCCGGCCGAUGCGAGGAGGCCGAGUUCUGGUACCGGCACGCCCUCGGGCUCAGGCCCGACGACGCCCGCAGCCACGCCAACCUCGGGGCCAUUCUCCACCUCAACGGCAAGUACCGGCAAGCGGCCGCCGCUUACCGGGAGGCCCUCAGACUCCAACCAGGCGACCCCACCACCAUCACCAACCUCGGCAAGCUCGCCGCUCUGCUGGCCUAAUGAACCGCUCAUCCUUCAUCGACGAUUCAUUAUCAU